AUGCGGGUCGACUCGUUCAACAUCGUAGUUGGCCCCCUUCCGUCCAACCGUUCGCCCUCCCCGCUUGUUGAUCUAUCACUCCCCACCCUCGCUGGGCUCUUCCCUGGCGGCCAGACCGGCCUCUCUCUUCUCCCCCUGAUCAUCCAAAGAAUACCCAUUAAUCCGCCCCAUCGGAUCCUCUUGUUGGUGCAGAAACUUUCGAAAAUGGGCGCCCUUGCAAGCCUUGACCUCCAGGCUCCCCUCACCACCAAAUCGUACCGCCAACUCUGCCUCAAACGGGACGCAAUUGGCUCGCUUGAGCACCAUAUAUUCCUGCAACACUUGCACCAAUUCUUGCAUCUGGUCUCCUAA